GCCAAACUCCUUGAAUCAGUUGAUAACUUUUACAUCAGUGAUAAAAAGGUUCUUGAUAUGACAGGUACUGUACUGCAAUAACAUUCUAGUGUAGUCCAACAUACGUUUCUGAGCAUUCAAUUCUUAGACUUUCUCCUGCCUUGUCUCUCUUUGUAAUUUGAUACCAAUCUAUACUGUGGUUGGUCUACCAAUCGAGGUAAAAUGCGGCGGCAAACGGCAGUGCCUUUGUGAGAAAGGUUAGCGGCGGCAAUUUUUCCCCGCCACCUCUUUUCUUUAGGCUAUAUAAUAAUAAUGUCGAGUUGAAGUGAGCUUUAUAAAAACAUUUCCGCCCCCGAAGGAAAAACCUUGGCACUUGCUUAUUUGUUAUCCAUUUGGCAUGAAGAACAUAUCAUUCAACAGCGAAAAGGCAGAGCUUUCCGAAGAUGAAAAAUCUCGUUCAUACGCAGAGUAAUUCCGAUACAAUAGCGCGCUGAAGUUCGAUUUCCUUUUUUUAAUACACCCUGUAUUACUGUACAGUAAUACUAAUAUUUAAACUUUUAAAGACAAAGCUAAGGUUAGUGCAUUUAACACAGUUAUGCCAAUAGAAGAGUUACGAAAAAUGUUGAUCAAUUCAUUUAGUAACUUCGAGUAAUUAAUUUGAUCAUUACCUCGAGAAUUUGAACGGGGUUCCUUAAAAAAUUCCCAACGUCCUGUUUAAACAUAGCUAAUUUUGAUGACUAUUUUUUCAUCCUCUGUUAAACUUAAGAAAAAGUGUCGCCGUGAAAAGUAGAAUUGCCGCUGGGUUUGAUCAUAUAUAAUUUCCAAUGCCGGCUGAAAAUGUUCAGGAAAUGUUCCUGUAAACAUGAUUCGGGUAGUACAUACUUCCUUGGUGUUCGUUCGGGCUUUGUUUUACAACAUUCAGUAGGAGGCAGUACAAAGUGGUCCAAUCUUGUACCCAGAGUACAGUGUACUUUCCGCAUGUGUGUGGUUAUUUGUGGUCACGCGCCUGCAUGUCCAUAAUUAUAUAUAUUUGGACAGUAAAGCCUGGUUCACACGAUGAAAUAAGCAUAAGCACAAGCAGCGGAACCUUUGAUGUGCAUAAACGUAAACAUAAGAAGAACAAAUGUUGCGUUCUUCUUAUGCUUACGUUUAUGCACAUCAAAGGUUCCGCUGCUUGUGCUUAUGCUUAUUUCAUCGUGUGAACCAGGCUUGUGAGGGAGAGGUAAUCACGUAAUGUAAUUUUUAAUGCACUAAAUUAAAGACAACGGAAAGUGUGAUAAUACCAAUACCAAUAGCAAUACCUGUAAACUUUAUUUUAAGAGGAUAAAAUAUUUUACGAGAAAAUAUUGAUAUUUGUAUUCCUGUGUAGCGUGAUAAUUAUUCACCCUCCCACGAUGCGUAUACCAACAACACCGCGGAAAAACGCCUGCGCAUGCGCGUGUAUUAGAGAAUGGCGAUGAAUUUAAUGCCAAAUUGUAAACAAAAACAUGGCUAUUUACUGAUUAUUUAAGUUAAGUGAAACAAACAAAAAAUACACUGGACGGGUAGUUUGUAUAGGUAAUCAUGCGAUAGCGAGUACAAUUAGGGAUUAAUAGUACGAGUGUUGUUUGGAAAUUUUGCCAAAAUUGGACGAGUCGCUGGGGCGAGUCCAAUUUGGCAAAUUUCCAAACAUCACGAGUACUAUUAAUCCCUAAUUGUACGAGCAACAUCGCAUGAUUACUUGUUUAUUAUUAGCAUGACAAAAUUGGAUACUUCUCCGUCAAGAUCAUAUUCUCUCGCCAUUUGAAAGCCCAGUCUUACCAGACUUUCAACCAAAAUUUGGUGCUUUUGUUCGUAUUUUCAUUUAGUUCUUUUGUUAAAGCAAAAUUUGGUGCUUUUGUUCGUAUUUUCAUCUAGUUCCUCUAUGGCAAUUUCUUUUCACAUUUGUGUUUAACAUACCUUUCCGCCAUUUUGUUUGUUUUGGGAAAAUCAUUAAUUGUACUGCAGUACAAUUAAUGAAAUAAUUGUACUCCUCUCAACCAAUCGGCAUCCAGUAAUUUUGUCAUGCUAAUAAUAAAGACAUUAAUAAAAGUUUUCUAACAUUUAAAAUCUAUAAAGAACAGAAAUUAAGGCGUGUGAACAUUUCUUAUAUUUCGAAUACCGAACUUAAGCAAACUAUCAAAUAUAGUUAAUUUGCAUACGCUUAAAUUGUAGAGUAAAUCAUUACCCUUAAAUAUAGUCAACACAAAAAUUAUACAUGCUACGCAAAAAAAGUUUUGAGUUGUAUCGACAGUCACCUUUGGUUCAUUUUCUUGCAUAAUGCUACUUCUUGCACAUGCAAACUUGCUAACGCAAUUUUCUUAAUGUUUUGCAGUUGAAGAUCCAGUCGAAGAUUUUAUUCGUUUACGUGACUAUAUUGAUGUUAUCAAGUGCCGUCCUUUACCAGCUUUUAAACAUGAAAAUUUACGUAAUGGUUUCUCUAAAGAAAUGAUUAAUGAAGCAAGAAAACAUCGAAAAAUUAACCAGGUAUGGUUUUCUUUUUUGUUCCCCUUUUUACCAAAUUGAACUUUUAUUACCUAGGGCCUAAAUGUCCUCUUUGUUACAGUAGAUUACAGUUAGUCUGAACAUGAAGAAGUUAAAGGUCUUUGAAAGCCGAUUAGCUUAACCGUAGGUUAACCUAAAAUUCAAACUCCCAACAGCUUGUUUAUAAAUUCUGAAAUAUUUCUUCAGAAAUCUUGUCUGGAUUACUAGGAGUUUUCUUCUCUGAAGUUUUGAAAUAAACGGAUGUGCAGAAAGUUGUACACUAAAACAGCAGAUUAAAUUUUAAUCGAGCGCUAAUUCAGCUUUGAGCAACCGGCCCCUGAUGCAUGUUUGUAUAGAAAAGCCGGUUAUCGGUCGUCAAGCUUCUCACGGGGAUACUAUAAAUUCUCUAACACUACUUUUUAAGAUCUCACGUUAUACGACAAGUGCAAAUCCGGUGCCUAUUUACCAAAUCAAUUAGCCAUUCCGAAGUUGAUGAGAGGACUGGGGACGAGUGUUAAAAAUUGCUCAAAUUAAGAAAUGAACCAAAUCACCAAAAAUGCCACCUCAAAAUUAGUAAGUGUGCAAAGUUUGAAGACGUUUAAUAAUAAGCUUUCGAAAAUAGUGAAAUUACUGAUUAGAAGAUUGUUUUUGGGACGCGCGUCCCAAAAACAAAAAUUACAGUAGAUUUCACAGUAAAUAUCGCGAUUUUUGAAAGCUUAUUAUUCGAAGGGUAUUCAUGUAAACGUCUUCAAACUUUGCAUACUUACUCAUUUUGAGGUGGUCUUUUUAAUGAUUUGGUUCAUUUCUUAAUUUGGGUAAUUUUUAACAUUCGUCCCCAGUCCUCUCAUGAAGUUCGGAAUGGCUAAUUGACAUAUGACGUUGAUCGCCCAAUAACUUGGAAGACGUUUUGGUGAAAUGCCGCUCGAACGAUAUUAUUUAGUUGCUUUUCGUAGAUUUUCUGUUUGUUAUUUUCUGUUGUGUCUAUAGCAUGUCGUGACUGUACUUUGUCGUCUUACUGUCUUAGUGUUAAAGUGGCACUGUCAUUAAAAUUUUUAUUUUCCAUGCUUAAACUGGAGUUACACUAGCAACAAAAUUGCUGCGACUUGCAACAAAAUCUGAUUUCAACGCAUGUUAAUUGAAAUCAAUUACACAUCAAUUACAAAUCAUAAGGCAACAUGUGUCGACAUUUGUACUUAACAUGCGUUGAAAUCCGAUUUUGUUGCAAAUUGCAGCAAUUUUGUUGCUCGUGUAACUCCAGCUUUAGUUCCUGAGAUAUUUCAUUUUGUUUGUAACCAUGUGACGUCAAUUACUCAUUUACAUAUAUAAUGAGAUAUCAGUAAUUGUUGUGUAUCUUUUUUCAAAAUUUGCUAUUUUUUUAUCAAAAUCUUUCCAAAGAUGCGCCGCGUUUGUUAAUUCAACCUACAUCAUUAAGCAUACUGUUUUUUUUUAAACAACUCCGUCAAAAAUAGCAAAGAUACACAACAUUUACUGAUACCAUUAUAUAUGGAAUGAGUAAAUGACGUCACAUGGUUUCAAACAAAAUGAAACUAGUAUCUCAAGAACAAACCAUGGAAACUAUUUUUUUCAAAAGAAGUUACUUUACAGUUUUAGGAGUUCUUUCGUUUGAUAAAAAAUUUAAUGACAAUGCAUGCCACUUUAAAAAAAAUAAAAAUAUAUAUAUGUUGGGCUAUCAACCACAUGCGCCCCUAUAUAUUUCACUGACUUAACCAGGCGUCUGUCAGUCUUGUUGUCCAUUCCUUCAAUCAUAUCGUGUUUUUUUAUUUUAUCAGUGUAAUAUGAUUACUAGAAAAGAAAUGCCUGUAGAAAAAAUUAUUAUUUUCUUAUUAUUAUCAUUAGAAACCUAGCCUCCGAAUCCCCCCUGAAUAAUUAUGUUUUUAACAUUCCUUCGGCUUUGAAAAUGCAAAAAAUGUCAUUUCCAAGAUUGGGUAGAUUUUUGCCAAAAUUUGCAAAGAUGUGCAGGUGUUGAUAUUAAGUUCUGUUUAUGAACAAUGGUUUAUGAAUCGUUCCUUUCUUUAGCGUCAAUGUCGGCGAGUUUACGAAAUUCUUCGACUUGAAGCUACCAAUCUUAACGAUGCUGAAGAACAUCGACAGUAUCGUUUGGAAAUUAAGAAGAGAUUAAAUGCGCCAUUUCAGGUAUAGUUCUGUUCGUUAACCAUGUUAAAGGGGGUUGUUUACACGAGCCCUACAUGAAGAAAUAGUACAAUUUCCACGUCGUGCUUACUGCAUGAGAAAUAUUUUUAUGGCUGGCUCAUUUGAGCAAAUAAACAACAUCAAACGACUUUCGUAGCAUAUAUUUUUCACGACAAGAUAUUUGCAGAGCAAAUUUUGGAGUAAUCGACAACAGGUUUUAUAAAUAGGGAAAUAUAUAUUUGAAUUGAAAAAGACUUUGACAGGGAUACAUGCAGCAUGUCCCGUUUUCAAUGUCAUCCUACCAUAGGAGUCCCAUGCAAUCCUUUUAAGCGAGGAUGGUCAAACCGCGUAAUCUCAUUUUGAGUUUAGUUCAGGCUCUAAAUUUCAGGAUUUCGGGAACUCGAUCGAACUGAUGUUGAAGGAUUUUGUAGGUGGAAAUUUCAGAUGUAAAUGUUUAUAUUUAUUUAGACCUAACCAGGAGCGUGUGCAAAAAGGCCCUCUGGCAGGAAUCGAACCUGUGAUUCCUGUGCAGCGGUCUGACCAACUGGAAUGUAUACUAAAGCGAUGUCAUGCAGGCCGCAGGUUCAAUUCCUGCGUGAAUCAGCAUGUCUUCGAGGGCCUAUUGUAGCAUUUUUCGCACCUGACGUGCAUGCUCCUGGGUAGGUCUAAAUAAAUCGCAACUUCCGUCUACAAAAUCCUUCAACAACGGGCUCUCUAAAUGCUCCACAUUCAAUUUGUAUAUGACACUAUAUUAUUACUAUAUAGCCAACUCGAUUUCUUUCUAUUUGCGUCCUUAGAAAGAAAAGGCUGAUCUUGAAAAGCUUCGUUUUGCCUUGACACCAGACGAAUACACUACUGCAAUUGCCACCAUGGCACAACGUGAACAGUUAAACGUCCUCGAGGAAAGUUACCAAGAAACUAUCAAACAAUACAAGAGAAUUCUAGAAAGAAUCGCUGCUACAUAAAAUAACAUAAGGUGGUCCAAGACCGGUAAGGUGUGCUAGGCCAAGACGACAUUUUUCAAUUUUUCAUGAUAAAUUGAAAUUCGUGAAAUCUGUUGCCUUUGUCUGUUGUAAGUUUGUAAUGAGACUGGCUAAGAACUAUCUUAAUAGUUCAAAUAUGCUUAAAAGCAUUAACAUUCGCAUAAUCUAGUUCUACCGUGAUCAAGAGACUAAAUCCAUGGUGAAUUUUUGCUAUAAAUAAGGAUUACUAUCCAGAAAAAGUAAACGUUUUUAGUAGAAAUUUUGCAAAUGCCGUUGCUAUAUACCGUGUUCCAAUAUACAGUACUCGAUAUUAGGCAGAGUUCGCGUGGCAGUCUUUGAUAUCCUUGAAAGUCUUUAACUGAAUUUAAAUGUAGGCCUUUCAAUUCUUUAAUACGUAUUUUAUUUAUACGGUAUUACAGCUAAUAGAAUAGAUGGAUAUACCAAGAUUUUCACAAAUAUCGAAGAGAAUGCAUUUUAGGACGUGAUAGCAUGCACUUACAAUCGCACUUUUUCAACAGCUUAGUACCCUCAGGUCUGUGAAACUACGAACCCUGUUAUGGUAACGGAAAAUACAAUUUCUGUGACCCCACUCAUUUUUAAAAUAGUUUUUUAGUUUAAAGUAAUUGAAUCGUCAAUAGUUUGGAAUAAUUUUCAAUUUUUAAAUCGUAUAUUCUACACUAAAUUAUGAGAUUUAAAGAAUACGAGUUUUUGUAUCUGCGCAUGCAGAUAUAAUAAGCCAUUGCCUUGUCAGCUGUUAACUGUUAGUUUGUAGCCAAUCUGCGACCAGCACAGUUUUAAUAUAAAUUUACGUCAUUUCAUGC